AUGAGGUGCCUUUUCCUGGUAUUAAGGAAUGUGCAAUGUAACGACCCCAGUCUCCUUGUCAGGCUGUACAACAUUUAUAUCCGGCCUUAUCUAGAGUCUGGGAUGAAAAAACACGAGAACAGGUCAAAAAACGAUUACAGGACUCGCGUUCUACAUGCACUUCCAAUCUACCAAGAUCGCCUGAGAGCGCUGAAGAUGAGGAGUCUGAAAUACCGAAGAAUUUUUAAUGACCUCGAGAGAGUUAAAUUAGCAGCCAGCAAAUACUGGAUUUUCCGACCGUACAGGAGGGUUGAGUGUGGAAUCACAAUCCAUUACAAGAAAUUAGAGCGACAUCGUUUAAUGCUGUGUUUCAUUCUUUCUUUUUCCGAGCGGCCAGGUGGUUGCGCAUGCUACCCCAUGAUAUGCUUUCCUGUAGAGUUCAAAGCACGUUUGAAGAAAUCUGAUAUUUUCAGAAUUCUGAAAGUUGAGGAUGUACGGUAG